AUGAUUUCGUGUAAAAUUUGGGCUGGUCGCAAGGGGCUACCAGGGCCCGCCGUGGCGGGAAUCCGUAUCAGGGGCUUCGCUUCUGUCGUCAUCGAAUCGGCGGCUACAUACCCCUUCAUUCUCGUCGCUGUCCUUGUGACAAGUGGUAUGCGCACAAGUGGGCUAUGGAUAAUCUUAGACUCUAUGUCCCCCAUCACCGGUAUGAUCUUCUCAGCCGUAGUAGUGCGCGUGUCCAAAGAGUACCACACCGACACCUUCACGAAGGGAGGCCUGUUCCUCCCGGCGCUCUCCCAAGCGGCACAGUCGCACCCAGACCACCGGCAGGCCGAAGCGAUAAACCUGGAGUGUCCCUCCGCUUCCAGCCAGAUGUUGGUGCCGGGGAGGAAUCGAGGCUCACGCGAGUUCUCGAUUACCGCUUCUCCAGCUGAGUCACUUGCAAUGAUCACGUUCGACAAGAACUCCUCAACACCGUCAUUGGGAGAGGAGGGGAUUAGCUAA